GUUCCUCCACAUUCACUCCUCGGGGAGCCGCCCUCCUGCCUACCUGCCUGCUUAAAGAUCUGACGCAAGGCAAAGGCAUGGAUACAGAGCGAACCACCCAGCAAACACCCAUUGUUCUAUAGCUAGGGCUUGUUCAUCGUGAGCUUGGGAAGGUCGGAGGCACCAACACCAAAUGUCUGGAGAGUUAGCUCCUUGCUGGUUUUGAGGAAGGGAGGUGUGGUGCUUGGGAGGAAAGGGGCAGGAUGCUGGUGGGAAAACUCCGGGAUCUACAGAAAAGAUGGUGUGCUUCAAAUGAUCUCCAUGGACGGGACACCUCUGCAGAUCUUUUGACCUCUGGUAGCUGCAUGUGAGCAAGUGGGAAAGGAUGUCUGUGACCAAAACCAGUAAGGAGAUUCCUGCUGCUGCCCCUUCGGUGGAGUGCCCCGUCUGUUAUGAGUCAUUUCAGUCUCCGAAAGUGUCGCGCCGGGUGCUGAGCUGUGGGCACGCUUUUUGCCAUGACUGUCUGGUCAAGUGCCUUUUGGCAUCGCGGGAUGAGGGCAGGCUACAGAACUGCCUCACCUGCCCCGUCUGUCGCUUUGUGACCUUCCUCUGCAGGAAGAGAGCCUGCUUGCCUUCCAAGAUCUCCUCGAACCCUCCACCUUUGGAGCUGCCUCUCUCACCUUCGUUGCUGUCCUUGGGGCCGGCAAACACUUUAGUGGUGCCUGGCCACUUCUUGAUGUCCCUGCGUGGCUACGACAGCCACCAGAAUGUGUGUGGCUGCCCUAGCAUGGACUCGAUGGUGCACCCUGGUGGCUUGGAGCGACAGUUUCACGUCUUCGUUAUCACUCAGUGUGGGAUGCCGCUGAUCGAAGAGAACAUUGGUGUCACCGCUCUAAACCACGAUGUGGAAGCUGCGGGAUCAGUGACAUCUCAGAGGUCCCUAAUAAUGGGCUGCUUCCAAUCACCCAUUGUCUUGGCAAUCCUCCUGGUCUCCACUGUUGCUCUGUUGGGGGCUGUUCUCCCCUGGCUACUACUACUAGAAUGAAUGGACAUGAUGAAUGGACUUCCCUAGAGGCCUACUCUGCACCCCUCCCCUGCAUCUCCUUUUGGGAACCACAUGAUGAAAAAAGUUAUCCCUUUGGCACACCCGCAAAGAAUUGCAGGAUUCAGGUCGAUGGGAGAUCCACGAAGGAAACGGAACUACAGGAAAUGGUAUUUGUACAAUCCCUCCCUUGUCAUGUAUGAUGGUAUUGCUAAAGUGUGGUUCAGAGGAGCAAGGAAGGUCACCUAGAGACGGGGUCUAAAUAUCCUGCUGAGGACAAUCAGUGUGUUUAUUUAAUUGUUACAUGCAUAUCCUGCCCUUCAAGGAGCACUUCCAAGGAGCUCAGAGUUGUAUUAAAGUUUCCCUGUGAGGUCAGGGUAGAUUGAGAGGUGACAACAUUUCUCAAGACCAACCAAUGAGCUUGACAGCUGAGCAGGGAUCUGAGCUCACACCCAAACUCAACAUUGUAGCUGCCUCUGGUGCCAGUAUCGCAUCCAAGGGGAUAUGGGCUGUGGUGUGCUUGUUUGGAAGGGCUCACUGAACCGAUUCAAUGUCAUUCCACCUCUUACUUCAACACUCAUGGUAAUUUAAUAAGGCAUAGCCUUUGUGAUAAGCCAAGGGCAUCUUGGGUGGUUCCAGCAUCAUGAAAAUCCUUGUUCCACCCAGGCAAAUCCAAGCUGUUAGCACAUUGCUAACACAGAAGGAUUCUCAUCCUGUACACCAUGUGCUCCUAUUGCAUUUAAUUCUGGGCACACUAUAGGUGAGACAGACCCUCCCAGCUGAGAUGGAGUAGAAUUAACUUAGGUCUCCUGCUCCAGUCAUUAGCAAUAGCUGCUCUUCAUCUGUUAUUGCUCUAUUGUUGCUGACCCCCAUCAUCUAGCAGCAGUCUUCAUGUUGUGAAGAUUUCAAUCACAUGAUGGAAUAUGUUAAUUUUGGUUUCAUUUUAUUUUUGUACCUUCUGUCCUGUUUUCUACUUUUGAUAUUGUUGUCACACUAAGAUUAAUAAAAAGAUUUCAUUGCUACUCCUUAGCAAAUGGA